AUGUAUGUGAAAUGGUUUGAUACAGUAAUGUUUUAACUAUGUGAUUUUAGUGAAUUUAGUGAAUGUCACUUUUUGUCAUUUUCAAAUUUCCCGCCGUUCCGUCCCCUGUACGUCCCGACGCUCGCAGGGGACGGAACCCAGAUGACAGAUGCCGACAUCACCCGGAGGACAUUGCCGGGGUCACUGCAGGAGGGACAUCGCGGGAGCGCAGGACAAGGUAAGUGAAGAACAGAUCCCAGAGCAGCGCUGCAUGGUAAGCCCGAGUGUAGCUUGAGGUUACCGCUUGUGCUACACUGGGGAAUACCUCCAGGGAGGCUAC